AUGACAGGCAAGAAUUCUACGUUGUGUUCAAGGGUCCGGAAGAGAGUUAGUUUCCCUGUGCCAAUAAAGGCUACACCAGGCUCCAUAGUCUUAUACCGACGGCGGAUUGGUUCGAAAAGUAGGGCUAACGUGGUUCGAUCUUGGAACUCAGCACCCUUUGAAGGCGGAACCUGGAAAGUUCACGUGGAGCUACCAGAUCAGUACCCAUACAAGUCGCCCAGCAUCGGAUUCGUCAAUAGGAUCUUCCACCCAAAUAUCGACGAGCUGUCUGGCUCGGUAUGUCUGGAUGUGAUAAACCAAACAUGGUCGCCCAUGUUCGACAUGAUCAACAUCUUUGAGGUGUUCCUGCCACAGCUGCUCCGGUAUCCGAACCCGACCGACCCGUUGAACGGUGAAGCGGCUGCACUGAUGCUUAGGGAGCCAAAGUCGUACGAAGCCAAGGUUAAAGAGUACGUGCAAAGAUAUGCAAGCAAGGAGGCUGCAGCCGAUGCAGGAAAUGAAAGCGAGGAUGACAGCGACAUGUCAUCUGUGGCCAGCUUCGGCGACGAAGAUGAGGAGCCCGCCGGCACUAUGGACGACGUGUAG